CAGGGGGCCGGGCCCCCUCUCCGUCCGUGCCCCGCGGGCCACCAUGUCCUUCCCCCAGCUCGGAUACCAGUACAUCCGCCCGCUCUACCCACCCGAGCGCCCGGGGGCCGCCGGCGGCGGCGGCAGCGCUGGAGCCCGGGGCGGCCCAGGAGCCGGAGCCUCGGAGCUGGCCGCCUCGGGGUCCCUGUCCAACGUGCUCUCCUCCGUGUACGGGGCGCCCUAUGCCGCGGCGGCAGCGGCUGCCGCCGCCGCCCAAGGCUACGGUGCCUUUCUGCCCUACGCCGCCGAGCUGCCCAUCUUCCCGCAGCUGGGCGCGCAGUACGAGCUGAAAGACAGCCCGGGGGUGCAGCAUCCGGCCGCGGCCGCCGCGUUUCCGCACCCGCAUCCCGCCUUCUACCCGUAUGGCCAGUACCAGUUCGGGGACCCGUCCCGUCCCAAGAACGCCACCCGGGAGAGCACCAGCACGCUCAAGGCCUGGCUGAACGAGCACCGCAAGAACCCCUACCCCACCAAGGGCGAGAAGAUCAUGCUGGCCAUCAUCACCAAGAUGACCCUCACCCAGGUGUCCACCUGGUUCGCCAACGCGCGCCGGCGCCUCAAGAAAGAGAACAAGAUGACUUGGGCGCCCCGCAGCCGCACCGACGAGGAGGGCAACGCUUACGGGAGCGAGCGCGAGGAGGAAGACGAGGAGGAGGACGAAGAAGACAGCAAGCGCGAGCUGGAGCUGGAGGAGGAGGAGCUCGUGGGGGAGGAGGAGGACACGGGGGGCGAGGGCCUGGCGGACGACGACGAGGACGAGGAGAUCGAUUUGGAGAACUUAGACGGUGCGACCGCGGGGCCUGAGCUGGCCUUGUCUGGGGCGGCACACAGGGACGGCGACCUCGGCCUGAGACCCAUUUCAGACUCCAAGAAUAGCGACUCGGACGACAGCUCGGAGGGCUUGGAGGAGCGUCCACUGCCCGUGUUGAGUCUGGCCCCGGCGCCACCGCCGGUGGCCGCGGUUCUGCCGUCUCCGCCCUCGCCUCCUGCAGGCCUGGACCCCUGCGCUCCCGCACCACCGCCCGCCUCAGCCCUGCAGAAGCCCAAGAUCUGGUCCCUGGCCGAGACGGCCACAAGCCCGGACAACCCGCGCCGCUCGCCUCCGGGGGCGGGAGGUUCUCCCCCGGGGGCAGCCGUCGCGCCCCCAGCCCUGCAGCUCUCUCCGGCCGCGGCAGCCGCCGCGGCUCACAGACUCGUCUCGGCGCCGCUGGGCAAGUUCCCCGCUUGGACCAACCGGCCGUUCCCAGGCCCUACGCCGGGCCCACGCCCGCACCCGCUCUCCCUGCUGGGCUCGGCCCCUCCACACCUGCUGGGACUUCCCGGAGCCGCGGGCCACCCGGCCGCCGCCGCUGCCGCCUUCGCUCGGCCGGCGGAGCCCGAGGGCGGAACAGAUCGCUGUAGUGCCUUGGAAGUGGAGAAAAAGUUACUCAAGACGGCUUUCCAGCCCGUGCCCAGGCGGCCCCAGAACCACCUGGAUGCCGCUUUGGUCUUAUCGGCUCUCUCCUCCUCCUAGUACUUAUUUUUAAAAAUUUUCAAUCGUUGUAAUAAUUGUAAAAAAAACAAAAACAAAAACACAAAACUCUCUGUAUAGUUAUGACUUGUAAGCAUGUCCGUGUAUGAAUACCUAAGAAACAAAACUAAGCAAAAAGAAAAAAAGAAAAAAAAAAAAGAAAUAAACCACGUUCCCUCAGUCCUCCCCAAGUGGCUUCUGUACCCCACAUUAGCUGAGUUUGUGAGGGUUUUUCUGGUUGAUGUUGUUCGGUUGAUUUUGGGAGGUGGAGUUGCCGUGAGAAUAAGAGUGUCUGACUUUUUUUUUUUUGUAUAUACAGAAACAUGUACAUAUGUGUGAACCAAAUUGUACAAGAAAGUAUCUAUUUUUGGCUAAAUAAAUGAGCUGUUGCCACUUUGA